UUAUGAAGGGCUCCCACCAUCCCUGUGCUGAGUUCUCAGAUCUCUACACCUGCUGUGCCCAUUAUGAGGGGUUUCCAUCAUCCCUGCACUGAUUCCCAGGUCUGUACACCUGCUGUGCUCAUUAUGAGGGGUUCCCACCAUCUCUGUACUGAUUCCCAGGUCUGUACACCUGCUGUGCUUAUGAUGAGAGGUUCCCACCAUCCCUGUGCUGAGUUCCCAGGUCUGUACACCAGCUGUGCUCAUUAUGAGGGGUUCCCACCAUCCAUGUACUGAUUCCUAGGUCUGUACACCUGCUGUGCUCAU